ACCCCUCUCCACCGCCGCCGCCCCGCCGCCGCCGCCAUCACCACCUCCGACGACCCCCUCUCCCCUCCCUUCCAUUACCUCGACGGCUUCCCCCGCCCCAAAUCGCGCAGGCACGGACCAGCACGCAUCGUGCUCGCGAUCCCGAGGCCGAAAUCGGGGAAGAACAUCGCAGCGAAGGAGAGAAAAGUUGGGAGAGUCCCGAGCAUCCUCUUCGAGCAGGAGAAUGGGCAGGAGGGCGGGAACAAGAAGCUGAUCUCGGUCCAGACGAAGCAAAUCAAGAAGCUUGUCGAUCAUCUUGGGCGGUCAUUUUUUCUUUCGAGGUUGUUUGAGGUUGAGGUUAGGUCGGAGGACGGGGUGGUUCUUGAGAAGAUUAGGGCGCUGCCACGAAAGCUGCAUCUGCAUGCGGGCACUGAUGCUGUUCUUAACGUGACAUUCUUAAGAGCUCCUUCAAGUGCAUUGCUGAAGGUGGAUGUUCCUCUUGUAUUUCGAGGAGAUGAUGUUUGUCCUGGACUUAGAAAAGGAUCUUACUUGAAUACCAUCAAAAGAACAGUCAAGUAUCUAUGUCCUGCUGACAUUGUACCUCCUUAUAUCGAUGUGGACUUGAGCGAGUUGGAUGUUGGCCAAAAAUUGUUAGCGCGAGAUCUCAACGUUCAUCCUGCUCUCAAGCUGCUAGUUUCACCAGAUCAACCAGUUUGUAAUAUUAUGGGAGCAAGGGCAUCAGACCAGCAGAAGAAAUCGAAGUAGCUGAUACUGAUAUGAGAGAAGCUUGCAGUCCACUGCCUACAUUUUGGAUAAACAUAGAAUGAAUGUUCUUUAAUCUUCCUGUGCUCUUUAGAGAUGUUAAUACUAUAUGCUGACAUUCCAUCAGCUAUCCGAUUCAUGUGCCUUUUAAGUUUUUGCAUGCUUUGGGCGGUAAAUAAAUGCUUUUGUCGUUGAGAGUUUUAUUUGGUUUUUGUUUAACCUUUUUUCA